AUGUCUGCAGACAGCAACGCAGCCGCAGAGUAUCUCCAGGAGUUCAAAGAAAUUACAUCCUCCUACUCACCCCAGCAAGUGUACAACGCUGAUGAAACGGGGCUAAAUUUCAAAGCGUUGCCAACAAAGAGCCUAGCUUCAAGAGAAGAAAAGUCCGCUCCAGGAUUUAAAAUGGAUAAGCAACGACUAACCGUAUUAGCAUGCAGCAACGCUUCCGCCACCAAUAAGAUACCUUUGAUGGUUAUCGGUAAAUCCAAAAAACCUCGAUGUUUUAAAAACAUGAAUAUGAACGCUCUGCCGGUUUACUAUAAAAACCAAAAGAAAGCUUGGAUGGAUCGUGCUUUGUUUCAAGAAUGGUUUGAGAAACAAUUUGUGCCCAACGUGAGAGCCUACAAUGAAGAAAAUGGACUGCCUGAUAGAGCGUUGUUACUCAUAGAUAACGCUCCGUCCCAUCCGGAUGACUUACAGCUGGUUAUUGGUGAUAUAAAAGCCAUUUUUCUACCACCGAACGUUACUUCGAUCAUGCAACCAAUGGACCAAGGAGUUCUACAAGCGUUGAAGCAAAAUUAUCGGAAAAAGCUGCUCCGAAGCCUGCUUGAGGAAAAUGAAGACCUCACAAUUCUCCAAAAGCUUAAGAAAAUCACGAUCAAAGAUGUAAUUUUCUGGGUGGCAGAGGCUUGGGAGAACACAAGCGUAGGAGCUCUGCAGAAAUCUUGGAAAAAUCUUUGGCCUGAUCUGCAGUUUGUUGAAGAGGUUGUUACACCGGUAAAUGAAUGCGAACUUCUUCCUCUUGUAAAAAAAAUACCGGGAUGCGAAAAUGUAGAGAAGGAGUGUGUUGAUGAGUGGACGGCUGUAGAUGACAAAGGCUUCGAGGAGUACACAGACGAAGACAUCGUGGCACAGGUGCAAGGAGUCCCAGCUGAUGACUCAUGUAGCAGUGAGGAUGAGGGAGACGCCCAAACUACCAAUAUUGUUCCACACAGCGCAGCUGCAAGUGCCUUUGACCUCGCUCUACGCUACGUCGAGCAACAUGCCGCUGCUACUCCCAAUGACGUAAUGUUCAUUCGGCGUUGGCGAAACAUUGCAUCGUCCAGUCGUUUUAGUGUGUUGCGUCAAAAGAAGAUCACUGACUUUAGGUCUUAA